AUGAAGAAGGUAACCGUUCUGUUGUUCUUAACACUUUGUUCUGUAGCAUCACGUAGGUUCAUUGCGAUAUCUCAUCCCAUUUUCAGAACAAAUUAAUGCGAAACGGUUUCGUAAAUUUGAUAAAGUUAAAUUGGAUGACGAAGGAUACAAAAAGGUGCACAACUUGCAUGUCAAUUGGUAUAUUACGUCAAUCAAAGCAUUAAUGGGAGAGUUGGGGAAGGAUCUCUACAAAAAGUUGGAUUACGGUAAGAGGAGCAGUCGUUUUAUCCCUUUCGAAGCGAAUUGGCAAGGUGGUGGGCAGAUUACCUCCAUGCACGUCAAUCCAACGUAGUUGAAGUCAUUUCCUAGGGUUGUUAAGUUGCAAGGAUUUUUCAAAAUGACGUCAAAUUACGUCAAACUGCCGUUAUUUCCGUAAUUUUGGCUAACAGUAAAUUAAAAACUCUGAUUUACGAAGCUUUGAAACGCGAGUUUAACAUAGACUAUGAUGAAUAGCCUUAAUAUUAGUCGUAACUAUUUUUACUGAAUCGGCCGUUUUGACAAGAAGGAGCAAUUCAGUUCCUAAAAUUUUAAAUUCUUACGGUUUUUUAGCAAAAAGCUACAAAACUUUUCCAAAAAGGUAAAAUUUGGCAAUCAAAAUGACAGAACAAUUUGACAUGGCGAAAAUGACGGCAAUUUGACAACGUGACUGGCGCGUCAAGUUGACGCCCUACUAUUUCCUGACCAAGAUUUAAUCAAUGUGGCGUUUCGCCACAAAUGCAAUUUUGGAGAAGAUCUUUGGCCGUGUUUUUCUUGACUAGCCGGGACAAAACCUUACUUUCUGGUCCGAAAAUAACGUUCUAAAUUUUCCGUGAUUUUUUAAGACCAAUUUUGUCCUCCAAAAAAUUUUCUGAAAGGACUUUGAUAUCUAAAAUCUGUGGUCAAUCGAUAGUGUGUGGACGAAACGUCUAAAUCGUUCGGGAUUUUUUUUUAUGUAUUGACGUGCCAUGCACGUAUACUGAUUACAAAUAAGUAUAUAGGUCCGACCUCUGACUUGGGUUUCUGUUUGAAGAAAUGAUGUCAUUAGGCCAAACAUAGAUGUCGCAAGUAAAACACUUUCUCAGUUGCUUAUCGGUUACCUUGUGGAAACUUUUAUUCAAGAUUUUAUUCAAAAAAAGAAGCAAGAAUCUUAGAAAAAGAUUGAAUGCCUGUCCAGGGGCGUAGCUCGGAACUUGGGUAACAGUAAGGGUAGUUUUGUUAUCAAACCUUUCGCAAAACGUUAUCGCCCAGUCAGAACAAGUUGUGCCACUGUGGUAUUAUUACUCAGUGUCGUAUACUCUCUCUCUCUUGUUCACCACCUUGCCCAUUCGCCUCUAAAGGGCUAAGUAUAAUAAUUAAUUCAGUGGAAAGGAGAAGAUUGGAGCGCUGUUUGUACAAGAUUGAAAAUAAAAUGGACCUCGUUCGAAGUGCCCAAUGUCUGACAAAGAGUCGGCGAUCUUAUUUAUCAUCCCUCCAGAGAUUUGACACUACGAAAGUUGUUCUUCUCCAUCAAUCUGAACCAAUCACAAAAGUUUUUGACUUCAGAAAACUUAAAAUUCGAAGCAAAAGAUCGUAUUCAUUGAGCGAGUCCACUACAAAAGAAGACAGAGUCAAAGUGAGUUAUCCUAAAAACACUAUGAUAUGA